CGUUACUAGAGCCUAAGAAGUCUAUAUUCACCUGUUUUUCUGCCAUUUGUAUGUGCCUUUCUGUUUGUUCCUGGCCAUGGUUGCCACGUUAAUUGAUCUGUUGAGAGCACAGCUGUGCCCCUCACCCCUCUUCAUAAUGACAGUCAAAGAUGCCCCAUUUUCAGCUGCACACCUUCGGUUACAAAUUAGGAAAAGCAAAGGCACAAUCAAGUGCCCUUUUCUCCACCUUUCUUGUUCUAUUUAUUCAAGAUUAGGAGUAGUGGUGUGUUGUGUGUGUUUCCUUUCCCUCUGAAGAUGAAGAAGCAUCAAGUAGCAGCUGCAGAGAAGAAGAAGGACAACAACAUGGAGAAGCCAUUAACAACACCAUUGAUGACUCCUCCUCCCACACUUGAAAGAAAGACUUCCAUUGAUGCUGAGCCUAAAACUUUGUUUCAGGAGGAAAUGAAAGUUGCAAGGGAGGCAGCUCUCAAAAUCAUCAAUUCUCACUCCAAAGAAGAUGCCCUAAAAAUAUUCCUGGCGGGUUUGGUGCCAGUGGGAACAAGCUCAAAGCAGGUGAAACAUGAUGUUGUCGUGUCUGACUGCGAUGACGACGACGAAUGAAGGAUUAUUCAAUUGGAAUAUGCUGAUCCAUGGAAAGCUGAAGCUUUAAUUAGGAGUUCUUAUGCUAUGUGUAUGUUGUUUUCUUUGUUUUAAAAUGUGUUGUGGUUUUAAUAAUUACUCCUAUCAAACAGUUCAUUACCAUCAAUUGGGAAUGUUAUUGUCUUGUAUUGAUCUGAAUUUGACUUCAUAUCUAUUCUGCUUUA